CAAUCAAUUAGCAAAUUUUGCAAAAACAUAUUCUGUGUUCUGUGAAAAUUAUUGGAAGCUUAUGGCCUAUAAGGAUUUCAUUAAUUGUUCUCUCUCAUAUGUAUGGCUGCUUUGCGUAAUAUUGCUCUCAACUACUAUGGUUGGCGCUUAUUCUUCCAAUAGUAACUGUAGCUCUAUUGAGAGGGAAGCCUUGAUUUCCUUCAAGCAAGGCUUAUUAGAUCCUUCUGCUCGGCUUUCUUCCUGGGUGGGUCACAAUUGUUGUCAAUGGCAUGGCAUAACCUGUGAUCUCGUUUCUGGAAAAGUCACCAAAAUUGAUCUACACAACUCAUUAAGCUCUACCAUUUCUCCAACUUUUAUGUAUGGUUGGAAUGUUUUACAACCGUGGAAAGUAUACAAGGAUUUUGUACAAGAAUUCCAAAAGACUUGCUUGUGGGGGAAAAUAAGUUCAUCUCUGCUUGAGCUCAAACAUUUGAAUUCUUUAGACUUAAGUCUAAAUAAUUUUGAAGGUGCUCCAAUUCCAUAUUUUUUCGGAAUGCUCGCGAGCUUAAGGUACCUCAACCUUUCUUUUGCAAAUUUUAGUGGACAAAUUCCCAUUUAUCUAGGAAAUUUAUCUAAUUUGAAUUAUCUAGACCUUUCUACUAAUUGGAAUCAAGAGUACUUUUUCAAAUGGAAUAAUUUGCAUGUUGAAAACUUGCAAUGGAUUUCUGGUCUUUCUUCUCUUCAGUACCUUAAUCUUGGAGGGGUGAAUUUUAGUAGAGUCCAAGCUUCAAAUUGGAUGCAUGCAGUCAAUGGACUUUCUUCUUUGUUAGAACUACACUUAAGUCAUUGUGAUAUUUCAAGUUUUGAUACUUCAGCUGCUUUUUUAAAUCUCACUUCACUUAGAGUCCUUGAUCUCUCACGUAAUUGGAUAAAUUCUUCUAUACCUUUGUGGCUAUCUAACCUUACUAGCAUUUCAACGCUUUAUCUGAGAUAUAAUUAUUUUCGAGGUAUAAUGCCUCAUGAUUUUGUGAAAUUGAAAAAUCUCCAACACCUAGACUUAUCCUUUAAUUUUGUUGGAGAUCACCCACCAAGCUUUCCAAAAAAUCCAUGCAAGUUACGACUUUUGAACCUUGCAGUCAAUAGUUUUCAGGUUAAACUUGAAGAGUUUAUGGAUAGUUUCUCAAAUUGUACACGGAAUAGUUUGGAAUCCUUGGACUUGUCAAGAAAUAGAUUUGUGGGAGAGAUACCAAAUUCAUUGGGAACAUUUGAGAACCUAAGAACCUUAAAUCUCUUCGGUAAUCAAUUGUGGGGUUCACUUCCAAAUUCAAUAGGUAAUUUGAUAUUGUUAAAAUAUUUAGAUAUCUCAUAUAACUCUUUAAAUGGAACUAUACCUUUAAGUUUUGGACAACUUUCAAACUUAGUUGAGUUCAGAAAUUACCAAAAUUCAUGGAAGAAUAUAACCAUAACAGAGACACACUUAGUAAAUUUGACAAAGUUGGAGAUGUUCACCUUCAAGACAAAAAAUAAACAAGGAUUUGUUUUCAAUAUCUCAUGCGAUUGGAUUCCUCCAUUCAAACUGAAGGUUCUUUAUUUGGAAAAUUGUCUCAUUGGUCCACAGUUUCCAAUUUGGCUUCAAACUCAAACUCAACUUGUUGACAUCACUCUCACCGAUGUUGGGAUCUCUGGCUCUAUACCAUACGAGUGGAUUUCUAACAUAUGUUCACAAGUCACUACAUUGGAUUUAUCCAACAACUUGCUCAAUAUGAGCUUGUCCGACAUAUUCAUCAUAUCUGAUCAAACUAAUUUUGUUGGUGAAAGUCAAAAGCUCCUCAACGACUCAAUUCCCAUCCUUUAUCCAAAUCUAAUAUACUUGAAUCUACGAAACAAUAAACUGUGGGGCCCUAUACCCUCAACUAUCAAUGAUUCCAUGCCCAACUUGUUUGAAUUAGAUCUGUCAAAGAAUUACCUUAUUAAUGGUGCAAUUCCGUCAUCCAUUAAAAUAAUGAAUCACCUUGGAAUAUUGUUAAUGUCAGACAACCAACUUUCAGGGGAGCUUUCUGAUGAUUGGAGUAAACUCAAAUCAUUGCUUGUGAUUGAUUUAGCCAAUAAUAAUCUAUACGGAAAAAUUCCAGCCACAAUAGGAAAUAGAUUCUUAAACGGAAAUCUUCCUUCAUGGAUAGGAGAAGCUGUGUCAGAGCUGCGAUUGUUAAACUUGCGGUCUAAUAAUUUCAGCGGAACCAUUCCAAGACAGUGGUGCAAUCUUCCUUUCCUUCGUAUAUUAGAUCUAUCAAACAAUCGUCUUUCUGGUGAACUUCCAAAUUGUUUGUAUAAUUGGACAGCUUUGGUCAAGGGCUACGGUGACACUAUUGGAUUGGGAUACUAUCAUGAUAGUAUGAAAUGGGUGUAUUACUUGUACGAAGAAACGACAAGGUUGGUUAUGAAAGGUAUAGAGUCUGAAUACAACAACACUACUGUUAAGCUGGUUUUGACAAUAGAUCUUUCACGAAAUAUAUUAAGUGGUGAAAUUCCAAAUGAGAUAACAAACCUCAUUUAUUUGAUUACUCUAAACUUGUCAUGGAAUGCUCUUGUGGGUACCAUUCCAGAAAAUAUUGGGGCCAUGAAGACUUUAGAUACACUGGAUUUCUCCCACAACCAUCUUUCAGGAAGGAUUCCCGACAGCCUAGCUUCUUUAAAUUUCUUGGCACAUUUGAAUAUGUCAUUCAACAAUUUGACAGGAAGAAUACCGACGGGUUAUCAGCUUCAAACACUGGAAGACCCCUCGAUCUAUGAAGGCAAUCCUUAUCUAUGUGGACCUCCUCUAAUUCAGAUGAAGUGUCCAGGUGAUGAAAGUUCAAGCAAUGUACCAAUUUCUACAAGCGAAGUAGAAGAAGAUGGCAAAGCUGAAAAUGACUCGGAAAUGGCUGGCUUCUAUAUUAGUAUGGCAAUUGGUUUUCCAUUUGGCAUCAACAUACUGUUCUUUACCAUUUUCACAAAUGAAGCAAGGAGAAUAUUCUACUUUCGAGUUGUGGAUCGUGUCAAUUAUAACAUACUCCAAACAAUUGCCUUUCUUACAAUUGGUCUGAGGAGAAUGAUUAUAUGGAGACGACGAAGCUACUAAUUAAAAAUGCCAUUUCUUGGUGGGCAGCAAAUGGAUCAAAUUUAUUUUUAAGAUUGAUAAUUUGAAGAAGUGUGUUGCUUAUUUUAUUUUACAUCAAAUUAACUUGUUAUGCAUGUAUGUUAUAUAUUAUAUGGUUGUGGAUUGUUGUAAUUUAUUAUAAUAAGUCAACGGAUAAUGUUCAUAAAUUAUUUUGUGUUUGUUUAUAUUGUUAUUAUCAUCCAAUAAUCAUAUAGAUAAAAGAAUGAAGUGAGUUAA